UUCUCGCGACAGAAGUCAACGUUGUCUUUUGUUUUGUUUUUAAAUAUCUAGUCACAAAUAUUUAAAAGAAAUGACAACAUAUAAUAAAUGAAAUCAAAGUUUUUAUUGUAAAACAAUUGGAAUUAAAAUAAAGUGCUUCGAGCUACAUAAUAUAAUGUUGCUCUUACUACUUUUACAGAUUAUCAUCUUUGUUGAUGUCAAAAGUCAAGCAAAUAAUCAACAACAGAAUGGAUUUGCCCAACAAAAUAUAAAUCCAACAUACUAUUAUCCUGAACAGACGUCUUAUAGAUUGAAUAGAAAUGUACCAGGAUAUGCGGUGUACCCUAAUGGAAAUCAGAUAAACAGAUUUAGUGCAUUAGAUCAGGAUACUAUACCUUCCUUAGGGAAUAGAAAUGGAGAUCUUGGUUUUGUUCCACUACAGGCAGGGGUUUCCAAGCCAAGUGUACUGCUGCAGAAUGAAGCACCACAACAAGAAUUGUUGAGUAAUGUCAGUCAUGGUAUCACUGAUUUAGGAAUUAAUCUGUUAAGGAGUGCGAUGCAGUUGCAACAAGGUAAUAUAAUGAUGUCACCAACGUCAAUAGCGACUCUUUUAGCCCUUUUGCAGCAAGGAACGACUGGUGGUGCACAGGAACAGAUAACCAAUUCGUUGCAUAUGGCGCCAGAAAUAACAGCGCCAAUUUAUAGGAGACUGACCAUAGACAUGAGAAAACGUAAUUCACGAAACAUUCUGACAGUAGCCAAUAAUGUGGUAGUAGCUGAUACUUUCGAUCUGUAUCCAGCGUUUAAAACUACUGCUAUACGUAAUUUUGGUAGUGAAGUAACCCCAAUGAAUUUCGCUGGGUCCGAACAAGCAGCUAAGAAAAUUAAUAAAUGGGUUGCUGAUAAUACGAAGAACAAAAUAACAGACAUGCUACCACCAGACAUUUUCAAUUUAAACACACAACUGGUGCUUGUGAAUGUAGUGUAUUUCAGAGGGCUUUGGGAGACAAAAUUUAAGCCUGAAGCAACUAUGCCCCGAGAAUUUCAUCUGAAAAAUGGGCAAUCUGUGACGGUACCAUUUAUGCGUUUACAGACCUCUUUCAAGUUUGGUGAAGAUCCGAACACAAAUUCCGUUGUCUGCAUCAUGCCAUUUGAGCGAUACCAAUAUUCACUUAUCCUAAUUCUUCCAAAUGAGGGUUCUAAUACAGAAGAAUUAAUAGCAAAACUCACUGAUGACGAUGUUAUUAACUAUCACGCCAUGACGCCAGUUGAUAUGCAAAUUGAGAUACCCAAGUUCACGAUGAAGUCUGAUACAAAUCUUCAACCGGUUUUGAAACAGAUGGGCAUUAAAAACCUUUUCAAUUCGCAAUCCGAAUUGGCUGGUGUCGGUAUAUAUCGUACAUUUCCACCACAAAUAUCUGAUGCCUUACACUCAGGAUAUUUUAGUAUAGAUGAGCAAGGGGCUACUGCGGCUGCGGCAUCUGCUUUUGCAGCUGUUGCUCUUUCGUUUGAGGAUCCUCUACCGUCAUUCAGGGCUAAUAGACCCUUCGUAGCGAUACUAUGGGACACGCAAUUCGCUAUACCGUUGUUCAUGGCUCGUAUAGAUGAUCCAUCGAUAUUGAAAUGAAUUUUACUUAUAUUAUGUAUAGGUUUAUAUUAAAUUUUGUGUAAAUAAAAUAAUUGGUGUAAUGUC